AUGAAAAAUGAUUCUUCGAAGUUGGCGUCAGAUGCGGCAUCGUCUGGAAAAGAGAAAAUUCGGCGGAAAAUGCCGCUGAAAAUUGUUUUACGUCGAUUGCCAGCAGCGAUGACGUGGGAGCAGUUAGAAACUCAGCUGAGUCCAAUUCCGGAAUUCGAGUUUUCUGAAUUUAUAGCUGCUAAAUCAAGCGAAGGAAUAUCGUUUUCGAGAGUAUAUUUCGUUUUCAAGAAGGAUUAUGAUACUGUCGCGUUCAAGGAGCGUUUUCAUGGAUAUGUUUUUGUUGAUGAUAAGGGAGGGGAAUCUGUUGGUAUUGUUGAGCUUGCACCGAAUCCAAGAGUGCCACACGACAAAUUAGAAACUGCCAAGGAACGUGAUUUCAAAUGCGGCACAAUAGAAACAGAUCAUGAAUAUAAAAAAUUCUUGAGCGAAAGAGAAAAUCCUCAAAAACCAGAUCUAGUAUCAAUGGAACAACUGAUCAAAGAAAUCGAUGAAAAGGAGAAAAUGAUUGAAAAGAAUGCUGUGCAGGAAACACCGCUAACGCAGUAUAUGAUCAGGAAAAGUAUCAGACGCAUUGAGGAAAAACGACGUGCUCGUGAAGAGGAGAAGCGUGAGCGGUUAGAGCGUCGUUAUGAAAGUGAAUUGAAAGAUAAACAGGAACGGCAAGAAGUAAAGAAAAUGACUGAGUUUCGUAACUCGAGAUUUGAACGAAGCCAUGAAAGUUCAAUAAAGGAAAAAGAAAGGACAAAAACUCGUACCUACCGAUCCGGUGAUUAUAGUCGUAAUGGUACGAUGGAAAAAAGCAGUAAGUGGUCUGAUGCUAAGGACCGCGACAAAUGUAUUCAGUCAUCGAAGAAAGGACGUGAUGCAUCAGCUGGCAAAGAGUUUUUUUCGAAGAAAACGAAACAAAAUGAUGAAAAUCAAAGUUUUAAAACUGAAAAAAUUGAAGAAUUGGAAAAAGAGAAGAUAAGAAAGGAUGAUGAAACUGCCUGCAAGAAAUCUAUUUCAUCAGAAGACACUACUGGGCCAAUAUCAUCGGACAAACCGAAUAGUAAAAUCACAAAGGUGGUAAAUCGAAUGCUAACGCAGAAAAUCAUAGCAGCCGAGAAAGAUGAAAAAAAUUUACACAAUGGAAAGAAGGAAGAAAAGACUGAAAAUGGUUUUACGAAGCCUCGUCGUAAUAAGGACCGACCAGAGCGUGCAAUAUAUCAACCUUCUGCCGUUAGACGCCGAACUGUGACUGCAGUUACAUCUGGUUUAAAUGCUAUGGAAAAAGUCGCAUCAGCUUCUAAAGAAAAACCUUAA